AAUCGCCAACAGAGGACAGCAGCAGCUCUGCUAACACUCACAGCGCUGCGGUGAAGAAGUCUGCACAUACACAAGGGCAGCACAGUUAGGUAAUAAAUGUAACGUAGAAACCUUUUAUAAUAUGUCAUAUCGGAUCGGCUCACCUCUCUCGUGAGCUUUGGCUUUAGUUUUUUAGCACUCGUUCCGGGCUGCUGCGGUGUUCAAACGGGACGCGCUUGUCAUAUUUAAAGUUUACAGUCAGAUAAAGACUGAAGUUAUGGCUCAUGCAGCACAUGUUUCAGCUGUACGGUCUCUAUAUAAGAGGAUCCUGCUGCUGCACCGCUUCAUGCCCAUAGACCUGCGGGCUCUGGGUGAUCAGUAUGUGAAAGACGAGUUCAGGAGACACAAGACCGCAUCAGCUGAAGAGGCGACACGCUUCAUGGUGGAAUGGCAGAACUACAAAGACACUCUACAGACGCAGGUGCUGGAAGCGGUGGGACACAAGAAGUUGGAGUUUGGCUCGGUUUUACCAGAAGAGAAACUCAAAGACUUUCAAGACGAGCAGAUCGGACAGCUUUAUGAGCUUAUGCGUGAGUCUACAAAACCCAACCGGCAGUUUGAUAUUCAAGAGGAGGGAACACCAAAGUAACACACCCUCUGAAGGGAAAAGAAGGAUUCAGUAUUUCUGUGGGGAAGUCGUCCCAUUGGGACAUGUUUUAACUCUUUAUAAAGUUCUUUUGUUCAUAGCUAAGACCGAUGAUUACAUUAAAAUGCUUCAA